AUGUAUGGAUUUCUUUGCAGAGCCAACUACAGCGAUGGCAAACUGAAAGGCCCUCCCAAACCAUGUGCUGGAAACCAGGGCACACAGAUUCUUUUGGAGGACCUCUUCUAUAACGUGUCCACCCGGAGGAAAGCGUUAAAAAGCCCCGGAGAUGAGUACUCACGGAUUGUGGAAGUGGUCAGCAGGUACGCCAUACACAAUUCAGGGAAGAGUUUCUCCGUCAAAAAGCAAGGAGAGACGGUGGCGGAUGUGAGGACCCUACCCAACGCCUCUGUAGUGGAUAAUAUUCGAGGAGUUUUUGGCAAUGCAGUCAGCAGGGAGCUGAUCGAAGUCGGCUGUGAGGAUCAGAAGCUCGCCUAUAAGAUGAAAGGACACAUCUCUAAUGCAAAUUACUCCAUGAAGAAAUGCAUCCUGGUCCUGUUCAUCAACCAUCGCCUGGUGGAGUCCGCUGCUUUGAAGAAGGCCAUCGAGACCAUUUAUGCUGCUUACCUUCCCAAGAACACACACCCCUUUCUUUACCUCAGCUUAGAGAUCGCUCCGCACAACGUAGACGUGAAUGUCCAUCCCACAAAACACGAGGUGCACUUCCUGCACGAAGACAGCAUCAUAGAGAGCGUCCAGAAGCACAUCGAGAGCAAACUCCUUGGCUCCAACUCCUCUCGCACAUAUUUCACUCAGACGUUGCUGCCGGGUCUCUCAGCCGCAGGCGGCAGCGAGGGGCAGUCCUCCAGCGGCACGGCAGAGUCCAGCGAUCGAGUCUACGCACAUCAGAUGGUGAGGACCGACUGCCGCGCUCAGAAGCUGGACGCCUUCCUGCAGCCCAAAGAGAAGACGGCUCCUGACCCCGGAUCACCCGGACCCAGCAGCAGGGAGGCUGCGAGCAGAAGUGCCCAGCCUGACAGGACAGAGAUGGAGGAGACGGACGAUGCAGACAUGCUGCAGGCCCUGACUCGGCAGGAAGCAGAGGAGCCAAGAGAAGGAGGAGACCAGGCAGACUCUGUGCAAAGGAAGCGACCCAGGAAAGAGCAACAGGAGGUGGAGGACCUAACGGCUGCAGCUACACCCAAGAGACGAGCCAUUAAACUGUCCAGCAUCAAAGAGCUCAGAACCGAGAUCACUGAGAACACACACAAAGGCCUUCAAGAAAUGUUGCAGAACCACUCGUUUGUGGGCUGCGUCAACCCUCAGUGGACUCUGAUCCAACAUCACACCAAACUGUACCUGGUGAACACCACCAAACUCAGGUCAGAGCCACAGCAGCUCACUGUUCUGUUAGUAGUUGGAAUAGUUUAAAACUGUUAAUCAGUUUACUGUACUGUAAACCAGUG